UUUAAUUUGUCAAAAUAACAACAAAACAUAGAUGUGUUUCGUAUUUUGGAAAAAUUAUAAAAUACAAUUGAUUUCUAACAAUGCUCUACGUACAAAUCUCUGUCGAUAUAUAAUACUAGACAAAGGUAGGGCUGACAAACGGUAAUACGGUAACCGGUUUACCGUUUUACCGAACCGGUAACGGUCGGUAAACGGUAAACCGAUUACCGUCGGUAUCGGUAUUCGGUGGCGACGAUCCAAUUUACCGGAAACAGGGUCGGUAUUUACCGUCGGUAAAUCGGUAAAUACCGAAUGCCGAAUUGGAUCACACCACCUGAACCCACUGCGCCAAUUCAAGAAACACUCGCUCCAUCCUCCAUCAUCUCCCGCUUCUCCGCCGCCUUCGUUUGGCUCUUCCUUCUGUAGAUUCCGAGGUUCAACUUGCUAUUAUUCAUAUUGGCGAUUCUCUUGCAUUUCAUCAGGAUGCCGCAGAAGAGUCUGGGAACUGUGAUCCUAUCUGUUUAGUUGAUGAAACUAGUUCACAAGAAUAUGAGACCAACUACCAGCCCAAGACAGACUUGCUGAAAGCUUUUGCAGUUGUGGGAACUGCUUUAACUGGAGCUACAGCGAUUAACCAUUCAUGGGUGGCGGCUAAUCAGGUUUUCUAGGGCAUGCUUCUUUAAGUUAUUGCUUAUUGGAAACUGAAGCUUGAACUUCUCUGUUUAAUCUUAAGGUUGCUCUAUUUGAUAAUCCUGGCUUUUGCUGAUACAGGAUCUUGCUAUGGCAUGGCUUCUAGAAGAUGAUGAGCCUUUCAUGAAACAUUUGAGUAAGCUAAGUGUUGAAUAUCUCUAAUUUGAAAUUACUUGAAUUUUUCAAAAUGAUUGGUUUGUUAGUAUUUGAGUCCAAGUAAGCAUGUCCAUCCAUCUCACUAGUGUUAUCUCAACUUACGGUUCCUGUAUUGGUCCACCAUCAGUGGGAUUCUGUUAAUUCGGUAAACCGGUUUGUAACCGGUUUACCGGUAAUUCGGUAAUCGGUAAACCGGUUACAACUCGGUAACGGUAACGGUAAACAGUUUGGCCCAGUUCGGUAUACCGAAACCGGUAAAUUCGGUAAACAAUUUACCGUUUACCGACCGAUUCCCACCCCUAGACAAAGGGAACCCGUAAUCGGGUCUAAUCUUUAGCUUUUGAAAAUAAUUGGGAUGAUAAAAUGCUUUUCACUAUUAUAUUUGGACUUAAAAUACAAGAACUAGUGAGUUGUAGUCUAAUGAAAAAUAUGGUUACUAAUAGUAAUAGCUACCAAAGUUGAAAUAUGAUUUCCCUAGGUUGGAUAAAGUACUACAGUUCAUCGCUACAUCGUUCCGGGUCAAUCCCCGAGGGGGUCGAACUCCUAAUGGUAGAGGUGUUGAGUCGAUCGAGCUAGGAUGAAACACAACAUCGGUCAAAAUGAUGGAACUAGGGGGUUCAAGAGAGCUCCCAACAUGUAAUUAGCUAGGGUAGUUUAGGUUAGUCUAGUUAGUUUCUUCUUGAUCAUUAUUCUAAGUUGGCUAGAUAAUGAAACUUGAGCUGAAGUAAGGUACACCUAGUGACAUGUGGUUCGAUAAUUUUAUUACUUGCUUAGCCUAAAUUAAUUAAAACGAACAUCAUUUUCAUAAAUAAAUUAUCUUUUGGUUGCUAUCUCUGAUUGUACUGUUUUGGUGAUCCAGUCACACACACAAAAAAAAAAAAAAGGUGUUCGCAGAUUUAUGGUCCGUUUUAACUUUUAAGGACAGUAGGAUCAUGGGCCGUGGGCCGUGGGCCUGGGCUGGCAGUAAAUGUCAAAUUGGUUUCCCCCUGUUUUCACUUUUUCUCUCUGCAACUGCAACAAAGCCAAGCCCAAGUCCUUGGCGCUGCUGCUGUUUCUUUCUGCAGUUGCGGCCAUUAAAAGAACAAAACGGUGAGCGGAGGUUUACAACAAGGUUCUCAAGUCUCAACAAUGGACCAAGGCGGCGCCUCUUUUCUCUUCGCCGGCACCAAAUUUAACAAGGUGAAGUUUGCCGGCGUCUUUGCUCGUUUUCAGGCGAAGACAGCGGGUGAAAAUGUUGAUCUCGCGGUUGAAGAGGACUCGAGCUUGUUGCCGAAUGAAAAGGCUGAAGCUGAAGUCGAGCAUGUCACGGUCUCUUCUAAGAAGCGGAAGCGGAAGAAUUCCUCCGCCGUUGCAGGGAGGGUAGAGGGAUUCAAUGUCUUCAAGAGCACCAACGCGGCAGAGACUGUAAGCUCUGAUGAACGGAAUGCUGAAGAUGCAAAUGAGGAGGUUUUGAGGGAGAAGAGGAAGGAGUUGAAUAAGCAGAUUGAGAGAGAUGCAAUUUUGAGGAAGAGCCAUUACAUCCAUGUGUCUGGAAAUAGCAUCCCAUCCCCACUUCAAAGUUUUGCAGAGUUGAGUUCCAGGUAUGGAUGUGACCCAAACUUGUUAACCAAUUUGAAAGAACUUGGCUUCAAGGAACCAACACCAAUCCAGAGACAGGCUAUACCCGUUAUUUUAUCUGGCCGUGAAUGCUUUGCUUGUGCACCAACUGGAUCCGGGAAAACUCUGGCUUUUGUGUUUCCCAUCCUGAUGAAGCUUAAGAACCCAUCAAAAGAUGGCAUUAGAGCUCUUAUUUUGUGUCCAACGGGAGAGUUGGCUCUUCAAACAACUAGAGAGUGCAUGAAGAUGGCUGAAGGAAAUAAGUUUCGUAUUAGGACAUUGAAGAAAGAGCAUCUGAAGAGUCCAAAGAAGUUGAUUUGUGAUAUAUUGAUAUCCACUCCUCUCCGGUUGAGGAUUGCCAUCCGCAAGAAAAAGAUCGACUUAAGCAUGGUUGAGUUUCUUGUUCUGGAUGAAUCUGAUAAGCUUUUUGAGCUUGGCCUGUUGAAGCAGACAGAUUGUGUGGUCAAAGCAUGCUCCAAUCCGUCAAUUGUACGGUCACUAUUCAGUGCUACACUACCUGAUUAUAUCGAGGACCUUGCACGCUCAGUGAUGCAUGAUGCUGUUCGAGUUAUCAUUGGCAGAAAGAAUACUGCUUCUGAAACAAUAAAGCAGAGGCUCAUCUAUGCUGGAAGUGAGGAGGGGAAACUUAUUGCACUUAGACAAAGCUUUGCAGAGAGUCUGAAUGCACCGGUGUUGAUCUUUCUUCAAAGCAAGGAACGUGCAAAAGAAUUGUUUGAGGAACUAAGAUAUGAUGACAUCAGAGUCAAUGUCAUCCAUUCAGAUUUGUCCCAAAAACAGCGAGAAACUGUUGUAGAUGACUUCAGAGCUGGGAAAACAUGGGUCCUGAUAGCCACAGAUGUCGUUGCCCGGGGUAUGGAUUUCAAAGGAGUGAACUGUGUGAUUAAUUACGAUUUCCCGGACUCGGCUGCUGCAUACAUUCACAGGAUUGGUCGGACUGGAAGAGCAGGGAGAAGUGGUGAAGCUGUUACGUUGUACACAGAGGAAGACAUUCCGCUUCUUCGUAACAUCGGUAACUUUAUGAAGCAGAAAAAUCAAGAGAACAGUGACAAUGCCAGUUCAUCUUCAGGCCGAGAGUACGAAUUUCCGUACUGGAUAUUGGAUCUGCCUAAACGGAAGUGGAAGAAACACCGUCCUGGUAGAGAUGCGAUUUUAACCAGCCGAAAAGGUUGAAGAAGGAUGUUGCCGUGAAGAUCCUUGUUCUUCGCCUUGGAUUUUUGCUCCCUUGUUCACCAUUUUGGUUGGAAAGAUCCUUUUUAUUGUCAACUGUUUUAUGUAUUUGAGUUACGAGGUUUUCCGUAAAAGAGUACAUGUUAGGUUUAAUGUAUUUGUAGCUGAAUCCAUUUGAUUAGGAUUCAACAACCGAAUUACUAUUUGUAGCCCUAAAAAAAAAAUCUUAUUUGUGAACCUCUUCCAAACACACUCUAUUCAACCCACCCUUCUCUGACCACCCUUGCCGGCUAGCAUCUCCGGCCAUCAGCCACCCUUGCUAGCGUGACCGUCUUUGCUCACCACCACCCUCGCAAGCCACCGUCACCCACAUGCCACCUUCGCCGGAGGGGAGAUCGCCACCGUGGAGAUGAUCGUCAACGUGUAAUUACUAAUUAGACAUCUGACCAUGGAGGGCAACGCGCCAAAGGAUCAUGACCGGCAAUGUAUAUUGCACACAUCGCCGGCAAUGGCUGGACAUCUACUCCACACGUCAUUGUCCGGGGUCAACGCCAGUCAACUGUUUUAAUCAUCUCCGGUGAGAACUCCGGCAACCGGAGAUGGUUAUCGGAGACGGGUGGUAACCGGAAGGAUGUGUUGGGAGUGUUCGUGUACUUUUUUUUUUUCAGGCUACAAAUAAGCCAUAUUUAGAGCUAUAAAUAGCACAUCUCUUCAACAAAAUGGUACCAUUUUG